GCGGUUUUGGCGAUUCUAUUCAGCGAUCAGUAACGCGAUAUUGUAGAGGGGCGCUGCGUAUGGGAGUCGUACUCCUUGACUUCGGAGAGGCGGCCAGGCCGGACCUGCUAUUGUCAGCUAUCUGUCUCAAUCAAUUGUUCGCAUAGACAAUGUCCAUACCACUCCAAUCAUUUCGUACAACAUGGUGCUUGUGGAUAUUGAUGGUGUUUGCUGCUGCAGACUAGAGAUUCCCAAAAUCUUCAACCGUCGGAGAACCUCCGGGAGAGCUCCGUGCGUUAUCGAUUUAGCGGUCUUGGCGUGUCUGUCUCCGUCAUCCCACUUGAAAGACAACAGCUCCAGCUCCAACAAUCUUUCUUUCUCGAUAAUCCUCAAAUUAUAUUCAAUUCAAAAUGGCCUCUCGAUUCUCUGUUGCUCGCGCAGCUCGUCAAUUGACUUCCUCUGCCAUUCGCAGACCGUUCGCACCCAUCACAUGCCAACGCUGGCAAGCAACUCCUGCACAGGCCCGGUUAUUCACGGUGACUGCACCUGCUUUGGAGAAGAAAUACACAGAGGAUCACGAAUGGAUUGAUAUCUCUGCCGACGGCAAGACCGCCACCCUCGGCAUCUCCGACUAUGCCGCCAAAGCCCUCGGCGACGUCGUCUACAUCGAGCUCCCAGAAGUUGACCUCGAAGUCGGCGCAGGUGAUGCAAUUGGCGCCGUCGAAUCUGUCAAGUCCGCCUCCGAUAUCCUUACCCCUGUCGGUGGAAAGGUCGUGGAAGUCAACAGCGCGCUUGAGGAGAAGCCCGGCGGCAUUAACAAGGACCCUGAGGGCGAGGGUUGGAUUGCAAAGGUCGAGAUCGACGGCGAGCCCGAGGGUACCCUCAUGACCAAGGAGGAGUACACUGCUUUCACUGAGGAAGCUUAAAGGCUGACCGGCGUGGACUUUAUGCGACAUGUAAUUUUCAUAGCAAUGAGCUUUCAACAAGAAUCGAGCACCAUCAAUUACGAAUGUCCAAGACUGAAAAGACGGGUU